AUGUCUUCGCAACAAGGCAGCCAUCGCGGAGGUGGAUCCUCACUUUCUGCCCUCGUCUCAACUCUCGUGCCCAGUUUUCUUGUAGCGGCAGUGCUUGUCGGUGCAUUUCUGCUGCUACGCAACAAACAGAGACGUCUAUAUGCUCCACGCACGUACAACGACGCACUCUUAGACGAUGAGAAAACACCGGCAGCAGGACAGAGCUUCCUGGGCUGGGUCAAGAAAUUUACCAGUAUAAGCGAUGAAUAUGUUCUCAAUCACCACUCCCUAGAUGCCUACCUGUACAUGCGUUUCCUCAAGAUGCUCACCUUGAUGUCCUUUGUGGGUGCCAUCAUCACGUGGCCUGUCCUGUUCCCCGUCAAUGCCACAGGUGGAGUUGGCCAGUCUGGCCUGGACAUUCUCAGUUUCUCCAACGUGGACAGUCAGGCGCGCUACUUUUCCCACGCAUUAGUUGCAUGGGUCUUCUUUGGCUGGGUAUUGUUCUUAAUUGGAAGAGAGAUGGUGUACCUUGUCAAGGUCCGAAAAGCCUACUGCCUGACGGCGUGGAACGCGAGCCGCAUCUCCCAGCGUACCGUUCUCUUUACCGAUGUUCCGCAGGCCUCUCUAUCGCUGGCAAAACUGCAAACCAUGUUCCCAGGUGUAGCUCAAGUCUGGCUUGUACCCAAAGUCGACGACUUGGAAGACGACGUCGAAGAACUUGAAAAGACAGUUCCCAAAUUAGAGGCCAGCGAGGUGAAAUUCUUAAAGGCAGUUACCAAGCAGCAACGAAAGAAGGGUGGCGAAAAGAAUUCGUACGACGAAUCAUUGCGACCAACAAACAAGACCCAGUUCCUCAUCGGUCACAAGGUCGACUCUAUUGGCUACUACCGCGAUCAGAUUAAAGAGUUGCUCCCCAAGAUUCAGACGGCACAGCGUUCUCAUCUUGCCGGAAAAGAGAAGCUUGUCACCGCCGUUUUCAUCGAGUUUGAUACCGUCGCAGCGGCAGAAGCCGCCUUCAAGGAAAACCACCAUCGCCGACCUGCCAAGUUCAGCUCCAGACAGAUGGGAGUUUUGCCCCAAGACGUCAUCUGGAAGAACCUCAACAUGGGAUCCAAGAGUCGAUUCCUGCGACGCCUCAUCGCCACCAUUUUUAUCUCGGUCAUGAUCAUCUUCUGGGCGAUCCCUGUGACGGUUGUCGGUGCCAUUAGCAACGUGAACUACCUCACAGAGAAUGUGCCCUUUUUGUCUUUUAUCAAUGACAUUCCUGAUUUCAUCCUCGGUGUCGUCACAGGGCUUUUGCCCGUAGUGGCCCUUGCCAUUUUGAUGGCCUUGGUACCCGUCAUCUGUCGUCUCGUUGCCAAGUUUUCUGGUGCAGUCACCGUCUCUGAAGUCGAGCAACAGACGCAGAAAUGGUAUUUUGCCUUUCAAGUAAUCCAGGUCUUCCUGAUCACAACAUUUACCUCCGCCGCCGCCGCAGUAGCCAGCCAGAUUGUCAACGACCCCAAGAGUGCCAUCACAUUGCUAUCCAAGAACCUGCCAAAGGCCUCAAACUUUUACAUUUCAUACUUUAUUCUCUUCGGUCUCGCAAACGCCUCAAGAUAUCUUUUCAAUGUAAUGGGCUUGGUGGGUGUCCUCAUCCUGAGCAAGUUUGCCAAAACGCCUAGGAAGCAGUACAUGCGCUAUGUGGCAUUUACAGAGCCAUCAUGGGGAGCAGAUUACCCCAAGUGGACAAACUUGGGUGUCAUUGCACUCUCAUAUGCUACCAUUGCGCCGCUCGUCUUAGGAUUUUCAACUAUCGGUAUCGGACUAAUCUAUCUUGCGUACAGAUAUAAUAUGUUUUACGUCCACGACACUCAUGUUGACACCAAGGGUGGUUUUUAUGCGCGCGCUUUGGAGCAGCUCAUGGUCGGCGUUUACAUCGGAGAACUCUGUCUGCUGGGUCUAUUUGGUAUUGGAAUCGGCGGCAGUAUCACAUCUGUUGGACCGACCGUGCUGCAAGUGGUUCUGAUUGGCGCAACCAUCAUCUUCCAACUCUUUAUGAAGCGAAAGAUCAAGCAGCUGGACUUGCUUGAUGAGUCAGACUACCCGAAACAGGAGCAUGAUGCUGAGGCUGGACGCUCGUUGGGGGCUAAACGCAUGAACCCUGGCUACAACAGCGGUCGAUCAGAGCAAGCUCUUGUCUCUCGCUACAAUGAAGAGCAGCGAACUACCAACGGUUCCGAAGCUGCCGGCAUGGCGCCUCCUGCCAACAUGCCACCCCAGCGAUCACUCUUCAAGAGGAUGUUCUUGCCGCACACCUUGUCUACCAGCGAAAUCUCCGCAUCCCUCAUCCCUCGGUUCCAUCAGCCCGUCCCACCAUACACGGAACAAGACGUUCUCGAGGCCUACAUGCAUCCAGCGUUGGCUGAACGCCGAGAAGUUAUCUGGCUUCCGAGAGACCGCGCAGGUAUCAGCAGAAACGAGGUUGCUGGGUUACAGGAGAGCCUCGGUCCAUAUGGUGUUGAGGUCACUGAUGAAGGCGCGACCAUGAAUGAGAAGGGCAAGGUAGAAUUGAACUUUGGCAGUGUACGCCAGGCGCCUCUCUGGGACCACAAGAUUAUUUACUAA